AAGUUUGACAAAGCUAUGGCAAUAGGAGACAUAUGGGUCCCAGAUAAUCACUAUUUCCACCAUCUUGCCACUCCAUUAUCACAUCUCUCUCCCCUCUUUUUCUCUCUUCCUCCGUCUCUUUUUUGCUCCCAGAAGACUUCCUUACAUUCUCGUCUUUCCUACAAAAAAUCCUUAAACAUCCCAUUUCUUGUAAUUUUUCUUGAUGUUAUGGAACCAACUUUAGGCUUGCUAGGUGGGAUUGGGGCCGGAGGCGGUGGCGGUAGAGGAGGUGGUGGAGCUGGUAGCGCAGCCUUGUCUUGUGAUCAGACUGGUUUAAAUGUACCCAAUUCUGAAAAAGACUACAUGGACAUUUCAAAAGAGUCUGAGCUUGAACUGGGAUUAGGGCUGAGCCUUUGCAGCGGCGGCGGUGGUGGUGUGGAGGCGAAGGGUAAGGGGUCUGCAUGGAGUGAAUAUGGAAGGAUAUUGACUGCUAAAGACUUUCCCAAUGGGUUUUCAGCUGGGAGUGGAAGGGCUGCUGCUGGAACAAAGAGAGCUGCUGCUGACUCUGUAGGUUCUGCUGAAGGUGGCUCUCCUUCUACUGGUGUCAGUCAGGUUGUGGGAUGGCCUCCUAUAAGGGCAUACAGGAUGAACACCUUAGUCAACCAAGCAAAGACUUCAAAUACUGAAGAUGGUGAGGGAGUUGGCAGGGACGAAAAGAAGGAGAACUCGAAGAAGAAAAUCAAUCAUGGAAAUGACAAGAAUGAUUCGACCAUUAAAGAAAGAGAUCAUCUAGGAUAUGUGAAGGUGAAUAUGGAUGGAUUACCAAUUGGAAGAAAGGUGGACUUGAAGGCUCACACUAGCUAUGAAACUUUGGCGCAAACUUUGGAAGAGAUGUUCUUCAAGCAUCCAUCGAGGAAGAUCCGUAGUGGAAAGGAACAAUCAAUGCAACCUUUUAAGCUUUUGGAUGGUUCGGCUGAGUUCGUGCUCACAUAUGAGGAUAAAGAAGGAGACUGGAUGCUAGUCGGAGAUGUUCCAUGGGGGUAUGUCAAAAUAUAUUACAUUUAUACUCAAUAUAUAGACAUCUUUUAUAAUGAAUUAGGAAAGUAAUAAAAUUGAUCUUCUAUCCAUAGUGGGCAGGAGCUUUGUUGUUCACCCUGUGACAUGGCAUGCCACGUCAAUAGGUCAAACCUUUUUCUUUUGAUUUGUCAAAAAAAGCAGUUUCACAUUAGGCGAAGUUUCUCCUACCAAUUGUUGGCAGGAGAUUAGGUCUGAGAAAUGUAAUAUCAACCUCAAGCAACUUGAUUAAUUCAACUUCCAGGAAUAACUGCAGAAAUUGAUGUUCUAAAAAGUUUAAGUCCUUUUUUCUAAUACAAUAUUUACAGUGAAUAACAAGCUCGCGCGCACGCACACAUACUCACUCACUUAAUCCACAUUACAAUCACGACUCUGAAAUGAUGCUAUGCAUAUAACAUGGGGACCAAUAUAAGACUUAGUCAACACUACAAGGUGCUGCUAGCUAGGUAGAGUUCACUGCUUGUUCAUUUUAUACUUGAUGAUGUUCUAAAAAGUUUAAGUCCUUUUUUCUAAUACAAUAUUUACAGUGAAUAACAAGCUCGCGCGCACGCACACAUACUCACUCACUUAAUCCACAUUACAA